AUGCUCGACCAUAGUGCCGACAACUCGCCCGAGCACCGGCACCGUCAGUGGGAUCUGUUCAAGGCCCGAGAACGCCAUCGGCGGGAGUUUCCAAAGGAGCAUCAAGGCAGGGAGGACGCCCCAGAUCUCGAGGACCUGGAGCUAACUCCUAUCCAGGGGGUGGACCGAGUCAUCAACCCAUGGGACGGGGAGCCGGAAACCAUAAUCAGGCGGGACUACGCGCUUUGA